AUGGCUUACACAUGUCCAUAUACAGAAUGCAAGAAGCGCUUAAGCUCAAAAUAUAACCUAAAAAGACACAUAGAAUGCUGUCAUAGGAAAAUUAGAAAAUUUGAGUGCGAUAUCUGCUAUAAAAAAUUUUCAUCUGCACAAAACUUAAAAGAGCAUUUGUUCUUACAUGAAAAUUCCAAUCUAAAACCACUAGAAAAGCCUAAAAAUUUUGUCCCUGAGAGAGAUAUUAAUAUCCCAAUGCUCACUGAUAUGAUUUUUUGGUCUUACGAUCCAGAUUUAAGGCCAAUGAUGAAGGUGCUGCGUUUGUAUCCUUAUCCGCCUUUAGCGACGGAAGUGACAAAUUAUGAAAAGUAG